AUGGCUCAACGCACCCUUCCUUCAGUUCCUGUCAAGCACGCAGAUCUGGUUGAAUACCUGCUGUCGCACCCAGAUGAACCUGUGCGCGAUCUCUUUAAACCAUAUAACGAUUACGACGCCGUUUUACGCCAAAUAUUCGCGCAGGAGCCGGAUCAUCCCGUCAUCGCAGAUGGCCUUCUCAAUGUCGUGCCGCUUUACGAUGUAGAACGAGGUGGUGCCGCGGACCUACGGAUCCGCGCCCGUAACCUCGCGACAGAAUCUGACGAUGUGAAAACCAAAUACAUAAUGCCCCUAUCAGACGAAGACCGGAGACCGGAUGGUUCGUUCGCAGUGGUUCCAUCCCUAAAGCAAUUCCAGACCAAUUUCAGCAUCUUCUCCGAGGGGUCGCUGAGCAGCCUCAACUGGGACAAUGUCCUCGCUAUGAAGACUCUAAACGCAAGAUUCGCCAAUUCUACCACGAGAAGUUUGCUCCUGCAUCCGACGUGGAUCUUUUCCUAUACGGCCUGGAUCACGAGCAAGCCAUUGAAAAGAUCAAGCACAUCAAGCAAUGUAUCAACGAUUCUGUUUUGA